AUGUUGAAAAUCGAAGGAAGAGAAACAGUACGCAAGAUUUUCGAGUUUGUAUUGCAAUUUAUUGAAAAAUUGGCCCAUCUAUCUAUCUAUCUAUCUAUCUAUCUAUCUAUCUAUCUAUCUAUCUAUUUGUCUCAUAAAUGCCUGUUCAUAUCUAUCUAUCUAUCUAUCUAUCUAUCUAUCUAUUUAUUUCAGUCUACUCCUGUCUAUCUGUCUGUUCAUAAUCUAUCUAUCUAUCUAUCUAUCUAUCUAUCUAUCUAUCUAUCUAUCUGUUCAUAUCUGUUCAUCUAUCUAUCUAUCUAUCCCAGUCUGUUCAUAUCUAUCUAUCUAUCUAUCUAUCUAUCUAUCUAUCUAUCUAUCUAUCUAUCUAUCUAUUUCCCAGUCUACUCCUAUCUAUCUGUCUGUUAUCUAUCUAUCUAUCUAUCUAUCUAUCCCAUCUGUCUAUCUAUCUAUCUAUCUAUCUAUCUAUCCCAGUCUGUUCUAUCUAUCUAUCUAUCUAUUCAUAUCUAUCUAUCUAUCUAUCUAUCUAUCUAUCUAUCCCAGUCUGUUCAUAUAUCUAUCCCAGUCUAUCUAUCUAUCUAUCUAUCUAUCUAUCUAUCUAUCCCAGUCUGUUCAUAUUAUCUAUCUAUCUAUCUAUCUAUCUAUCUAUCUAUCUAUCUAUCUAUCUAUCUCAGUCUGUUCAUAUCUAUGUUGAUAUCUAUAUAUCUAUCAUUGUAUGUUGAUACCUAUCUAUGUCUAUCGAUAUCUAUCUAUCUAUCUAUGGACAUAUGGCUGGAUCGUUGGCUUUCUGAGCAAGAGACCCUGCGCCUGCAGCAACGCAUGUACGUGUGGUCCUGCAACACGCGCUGUCACGCGAUCUCUCACGCGCUGAUGCACGCGCAUACGCAUGACCUGCGGAACGCGACACCCGUUCCAGUUGCCCGUUCCAGUUGCCCGUUGGCUGCACAAAGCCCCUUUACACCUCCAAUCAAAUGUCGCCGUGUCAUACUGAUUGUCUACGCAGUCCUAAGCUCACUGCUACAGCUUGAUUUCGCUUCUACUUCUGUACGUCCAGCCCUGCUUACACAUUCCCCUCCUCUUGGCUAA